AUGUGGUUGACAGCAUUCUUAGCACUACUUAUUUUUAUUGAAUGUGUCGCAGUUAUAUACAUACCAUCAUACAUAGAAAAUAAAUUAUCAAAAAUAAAAAAGAGUAGAUUUAUGAACAUGGAAAAUUUUGAAAACAUUGCAAGUGGAGCAAUAUUAUCUUUAGCUUUUAUACAUAUGCUACCAGAAGCCAUCAUUUUGUCAAACAAAAAAAACAUUAAUCUUUAUAACAUUUUUACUUUAAUACUUGUAUCAAUAGCAUUUUUAAAUAUAACAGAUAUAUUAUAUGAUCAUGAUUUAGAAAAUAGCUUCGAUAUUAAUGGUACACAGGUAUGUGAAAAUCAAAGUAAUUCUAUUAAAAAUAUAGAUGACAAAGGAGAUAAUACAAAUUAUGUAGACGGUAAUGCAAGUGAAGAUAUAGAUAUAGAAAUGAAAGCUUUAGAUGGUAAAGCUAAAAAUGAUUCAUGUAAAAAUAAUUUCUUUUUUGAUAUGUUUAAAUCAAACUCCUUUUUUAUUGUUUUAAGUCUUUUUAUCCACUCCUUCAUAGAAGGUUUGCUUAUGGGGAGUUUAAAAGAUAAAAAUGCUGUGGUAAUUGUAGGACUGUCAAUGAUAGCUCAUAAAUGGGCAGAAUGUUUAAUCGUAUACAAGAAUGUUGUGAGCAAAAUUGAGAACAAAAUAUUAGCGACCAUAUAUGCAUGGUCUUUUAUAUUAUCUUUACCAUUAGGAGUAUUUAUUGCAAUAUUUUCUUUUCCAUCAAAUGAGUUAGUAGAAAUAAUAUUUAGUUCUAUUGCUUGUGGUUUUUUUUUGUACCUUUCCUUCAACAUGACUAAGGAUAUCAGAAUAACAAAAAAUAACAAGCAUUUUAUAUCUUUUAGCUAUUUCCUUGGAGUGUGUGGCAUGUCAGGACUUAUGUUAGUAUUUAACUCUUUUGAAGAAACCCUAUAG